CACGAUGCCCAACUUGAUUAUUACGGAAAGAGAUUGGCGACUUGUUCUUCCGAUCGAACUGUGAAAAUUUUCGAAAUUGAAGGAGAAAACCGGCGCGAACUUGCAACUUUAAAAGGACAUGAGGGACCAGUAUGGCAAGUUGCUUGGGCUCAUCCAAAAUUUGGAAAUAUAUUGGCAUCUUGUUCAUAUGAUAAUAAAGUCUUUAUUUGGAAAGAACAAAGUGGAUCUUGGAAAAGGAUUAAAGAACAUACAAUACACACAGCUUCUGUAAAUUCAAUAUCAUGGGCACCUCAUGAAUUAGGGCCAAUUCUAGCUUGUGCUUCUUCGGAUGGAAAAAUUUCGGUUCUCACAUUUAAAGAUGAUGGUAAUUGGGAUGCACAGAUUUUUGAUGCUCAUAACAUUGGUGCAAAUUCCGUCAGUUGGGCUCCAGCAACGAUACCCGGAGCAUUAGUUCAAAUUACUGGUGGUGCACCAAACGUAAAUGUAUCAAAGAGAUUUGCCUCGGGAGGUUGUGAUAACAAUAUUAAAAUCUGGAGUUACAGGGAGGACGUUAAUGAAUGGAAAGAAGACGAGACUUUGGAAGGUCAUACAGACUGGGUACGUGAUGUUGCAUGGGCUCCAAAUGUAGGACUACCAAAAAGUUAUUUGGCCAGUUGUUCUCAGGAUAAGACAGUAUUCAUUUGGACUCAAGAUACUCCAAAUUCUACAUGGAAUAAAACUCCUCUUCGUAACGAAAGAUUUCUUGAUGUAGUAUGGAGAGUUAGUUGGUCUUUAUCAGGAAAUAUUUUAGCAGUUGCAUGUGGAGAUAACAAAGUUACAUUGUACAAAGAAAAUAUAAAAGGUGAAUGGGAAUUGUUAAGCGAAUUGGUGGACCAAUAA